AUGGGAAAGCCGCCUCGAGAGCUGGGAGGAUUUGUGGCCUUACCACUAAGGCUUCAGGCUACAGGGGCAUUCCACCAAGAAGCCACUCACUACCUCUACCUAAAGCCUCAUGAUCCCCAAGCCCCGAACGAGGAUGCGCCCAGGUCUCUAUUCCUGGUAAACAUACCAAUUUCCACGACGAUCGCAUCUCUGAAGCAUCUUCUGACAACACAACUUGAGGGAGGCCGUGUUGAAAAGGUGCAUUUUACAGAUAAUGUACAGGAUAGACCUUCUUCCGCUUCGAGAUCGAGCCGCAAACGCAAACGGAUGACAGCCGAAGAACUUGAGGCCGGAUUGGACACGUAUUCUCUCCCAGAUGUUUUCGACAAUCAAAUCCAUCAGAGUGGCUCAACAGCUAUCGUGGUAUUUGUCGAUAAGCCGAGUAUGGAACUCGCGCUGAAAGCCGCCAGACGAGCGGCAAAAUCGGGGGCGUCAGUUGCUUGGAGGCAGGGUGCAGAGUCCAAACUACCCCGACUGGGUCUGACAAGAUAUGAACACCACAAGCACUUGCAAUUCCCUUCAAGGAAGGAGGUUCUCCGAUCCGUCAACGGGUUCAUGACUGCAUACGCACAAAUGGAGGAGGCCCGGAGCCGUGAGACCGCACGGAAACGCCAAUUACCCGAUGACGACGGGUUUGUCAUGGUCACGAGAGGCUCUAGAGGCAGUACUCGCGUGGAGGAAGCCAGAGAGAUUGCCGAGAAACACAAAGGAAAGAGCAAGAGCCUGGAGGAUUUUUACAGGUUCCAAAUGCGGAACAAGAGGAAGGAAGAGCAAAAUGACAUGUUGAAAAAAUUUGAGGAAGAUAAGCGGAGGGUGGAAGAGAUGAGACGGAGACGAGGGAUAACGAAAGUACGUUCGAAUCCUUGA